AUGGUUUGGCAAACACUCUUGCAACAUCCUGCAAAUUUCUACUUUAGACUCGGAGCUCUCAAUGCUGCCAUUGCAGUGUGUACAGGUGCCUUUGGAGGACAUGGAUUGAAACGUUUUGCUACUCCUGAAAAGAUUGAUGUAUGGAAGACUGCUGUUCAAUAUCAUUUAAUUCAUAGCUUGGCUUUAUUGGCAGUAAGCCAACUCAAGACUCGUCAUCAUCUUGUUGGUGGUUUGUUUACUGCCGGGAUUGUUUUAUUUAGUGGUAGUUUGUAUGCAUUGGUACUCACUGACCACAAGAAAUUGGGAGCAAUCACCCCUAUUGGAGGAUUUUCAUUUAUCUUUGGAUGGCUCGCAAUGGCUGCCAUUGGUUUGUAA